CACACGGAAGCAGCUUUUCGUGCAUUCGACCAGCAAGACUCGUCCCGGUGGUCUUUUGGGGGAAAAAAAAAAAAUGGGUGGCUUCUUCUCCAGUCUCUUCUCGGGUCUUUUUGGAACCAGGGAGAUGAGGAUUCUGAUCCUGGGUCUGGACGGUGCAGGGAAAACGACCAUUUUGUACCGGCUACAGGUUGGGGAGGUGGUCACCACAAUUCCAACAAUUGGCUUUAACGUGGAGACAGUCACGUACAAGAAUCUCAAGUUCCAGGUGUGGGAUCUGGGAGGCCAGACAAGUAUCCGACCAUACUGGCGGUGCUAUUACUCCAACACAGACGCGGUUAUCUAUGUGGUCGACAGCAGCGACCGCGACCGAAUGGGCAUCUCCAAGUCCGAGCUUGUGGCUAUGUUGGAGGCAAAGGAGCUGAAAAAGGCCAUCCUGGUGGUGUUUGCGAACAAGCAGGACAUGGACCAGGCCAUGACGCCGGCCGAGGUGGCAAACGCCCUGGGUCUCCCCGCCCUCAAAGACAGGAAGUGGCAGAUUUUCAAGACCUCGGCAACCAAAGGCACGGGCCUGGAUGAAGCCAUGGAGUGGCUGGUGGAGUCGCUCAAGAGUCGGCAGUAAACUUUUACAUAUAUAUGAAAAAAAAAAGAUGCGUCCAAGGUGUGAAUGUGAGUGCGGUUGAUUAUCUCUAUGUGCCCUGCGAUUGGCCGGCGACCAGUAAAGGGUUGACAGCUGGGAAAGGCUCCGGCGCUCCCACGCGACCCUCGUGAGGAUAAGCAGCUAAGAAAAUGGAUGGACGUCCUUUUUGUAAAUACCCUUCUGUACGAAGCUUUUGUGACCGACCUCGCUUCUCGUCUACUCCGACCAAACCUGGGACUGAAAAGCCUCGCUUCUGCUCUUUACACGAAACACAAUUUGAGGGCAGUGACGGACAAAAAAAAAGUUAUUUACUACUUAACAAUAAAACGAAGUAACCUCAUAUGAGAUUAAAUCUGGCGGCCUUUGGUUGGCUUCGUUCACACCCAUCACGCAAAUUGCUCACGUUAGUUAAAUUGUAAAAGAAGCAUCAAACGCCACGACCCUCCACUAAGGGGCAUUAACCCUUUCCGGGCAGCGGUUGCAAAUUUUGCAACAGGUUGAAUAUAAUCGGAAAUUUUAAGUCGAGAGUAUCAUUUUCUGAAAGUAUCAGAUUUUUCUCUCUGCAAAAUUUUAAUUGUUCCAGAGCGGGUUAUAAGGCCACAACACACACUCCCACUGUCAUAGUCCCAAGUCUUUACACAUAAAUAGGCAAAACCAAGUGUUAUUUGCAUUCAUUUUUUUGUACUUAAGUAAAUGGAAUUACUUAUCCCCCCCCCCCCACACAAUCAUUUUUAUUGUGUCUACAUAGUUUGACCACUUUCCUUUCCUCCCACUGGUUUGCAUAUGAGUGAAUUUAUGGAAACAGUUUGUGCAAAUGGUUGCAUAUUUAUACCUGCUUGUACAGUGAAAAUGAUUCUCAGUAAAGACUUUUGGUGAUUGUAA